AUGCACCCGGCUCCUUUAUCGCAUGCUGAACGGAGACGCUUAUUCGACAAGUGCAUGGCCAAUACGCCUCAUGUGAACGAAUACUUGCGCGGGUGGUUCCUCGGUGCCGAGUUGGAAGACAUUCGUCGAGACAACCUGCGCGAAUUCUUCCUCUGGGCGUUUUUCGACACCCAAGUGAAAAACAACGACCCGGCAUCUAUUGACCAGGACAUCUGGAGCGAGAUCAACGACUACGUCGCGCUGACGGAAGAACGACUUGGUCACCCCCUAGGCGAGGGAUGCGGGCCAGCCAAGAGUCUUCGUCUCACACUGGACGGCAUCGCUACUGCGUACAGAUGUCUACUAUGGUAUUUCAUCGUGUUCCUAGUCGACCAGGCCACACACUACGUAUUGGCCCGGCACGGGUUUCGUUAUUACGCCAGGACAUUUCGUGUUGCACGGAGGACGUUUCCCCCUCGCCCACAAGAGCUGUUUGCCAAGCAUCGCUCGACAGUACCCGAGCUGAGCUACUGGUUUCUGCCGCACACCACAAACGGUGGGAACAAACGAUGUAUUAUUUUCUGGCACGGAAUCGGGAUAGGACUAUGGACGUACGUGUGGUUCAUAAUACAAUUGCGUGCCUCCCGCGCUUCAAACCAUGACACAGGCAUCAUUGUGCCAGAGAUGCUUCCCAUUUCCUUUCGACUCACGGACCCGCCUCCUCGAAAAGACGAACUGUUGACCAUGGUGAUGCGAAUUCUGGACCACCACCAGGGCUGGGAGAGGUUCACGUUGGUGUCUCAUUCAUACGGGUCAGUUCCCACGACUCACAUGCUGCGGUCACCGCAAUUGAGAAGAAGAAUCCAGUCCAUCACCCUCAUUGACCCCGUGACAAUUCUUCUUCACUUGCCGAACGUCGCCUACAACUUCACACGACGGACGCCGCAGCGGGCAAACGAAUGGCAGCUUUGGUACUUUGCCGGCACCGACCUGGGAGUAGCCCUCUGCCUCGGCAGGCAUUUCUUCUGGAGAGAAAACAUCAUAUGGAAGGAGGAUCUAGUAUCAGAGCAUACCCCACAGACAAGGCGGCAUGAUUCCCAGGGCACUCAGAGGGUCGCGGUGUGCUUGUCCGGACGGGACUUGAUUGUGAACACGGCAGAAGUUGCACGGUAUUUAACGAGCAGGCCGGAUAUGACGGGUGUCCCAGCAGCUUCCGAGGACAUUGAAGGCAGCAGAGAGUGUGCUGCCGACGACGUGCAAGUUGUCGUGUUUCCUCGCUUGGACCACGCCCAGGUGUUUGACCGGAGGCGUGAGCGCGAGAGAGUUGUCGAGCUUAUUCAAAACCCGCAUUGA